AAGUACACUCGCACAGUCACAUCACAUGGCCACAGGUUUUUUAUAUGAAAGUGAAGUGAUGAUACGAUGAUGUAUGAAACACUGAAGCAUCGGCAAAUUGGGGGAAAAUGGCGCUCGUGUCUUUAACACCCUUUUCAACUCAACUAGCUUCUUUCAAAAAGGAAUCGAGGAAUAAGUGGUUUGUUGCCUAUCAGCAUCCGCGUGGACUAAGUUGUGGCCCUUGGAAAUCAAUUGAAUAUCAGCAAUAUCUUUAUUCAACAAGAUCGUCAAAAUUUGGGAGGGUGGAACAAAGGCCUUCUAUCUCAGCUGUUUUGACUGAUGAAAACUCUGAUAUGAUGCAAAUGGAAGAAGACACUGAGACAGUUGCUGUGCUGGAUCUCGACCCAGGAUUGCAACCAUAUAAAGAUCACUUUAGAUAUAGAAUGAAAAGAUACAUAGAGCAGAAAAAGCUAAUUGAAAAAUAUGAAGGAAGUGUUGAAAAUUUUGCCCAAGGUUAUUUAAAAUUCGGUUUUAACAGAGAAAAAGGUGUCAUUGUAUACCGUGAAUGGGCCCCUGCUGCUCAAGAAGCACAAAUCAUUGGGGAUUUCAAUGCAUGGGAUGGAUGUAAUCACAAGAUGGAAAAAGAUCAAUUUGGUGUUUGGUCUAUUACAAUUCCAGAUUCUGGUGAGAAGGCAGGCAUUCCACAUAAUUCAAGAGUCAAGUUUAGGUUCAAGCAUGCCGGUGGAGUUUGGGUUGACAGGAUCCCAGCUUGGAUAAAAUAUGCUACUGUGGAUGCAGCGAGGUUUGCGGCACCUUAUGAUGGUGUAUACUGGGACCCGCCACAUUCUGAGAGGUAUGAGUUCAGAUACCCCCGUCCUCUAAAACCUACAGCACCACGGAUUUAUGAGGCUCAUGUCGGGAUGAGUGGUUCAGAACCCCGUGUAAGUUCAUACCGAGAAUUUGCAGAUGAUGUCUUACCUCGUAUUAAGAAAAACAAUUAUAACACAGUCCAGUUGAUGGCCGUGAUGGAGCAUUCCUACUAUGGUUCCUUUGGAUAUCAUGUCACAAACUUUUUCGCUGUGAGCAGUAGGUCGGGAACCCCUGAAGACCUUAAGUAUUUGAUAGAUAAAGCACACAGCUUAGGUUUACGGGUACUGAUGGAUGUUGUUCACAGCCAUGCAAGCAACAAUGUUACUGAUGGCCUUAACGGCUACGAUGUUGGCCAAAGUUCUCAAGAAUCGUACUUCCACACUGGGGACCGUGGCUACCACCAGUUGUGGGAUAGCAGACUUUUUAACUAUGCUAACUGGGAGGUUCUUCGUUUCCUAUUAUCUAACUUGAGAUGGUGGAUGGAGGAGUACAGAUUUGAUGGGUUUAGGUUUGAUGGAAUAACUUCAAUGUUGUAUCAUCAUCAUGGAAUCAACAUGGCUUUCACAGGAAAUUACAAUGAAUAUUUUAGCGAGUCAACAGAUGUUGACGCAGUGGUUUACCUGAUGCUGGCUAACAAUAUGAUACACAAUCUCCUGCUGGAUGCAACUGUGGUUGCAGAAGAUGUUUCUGGUGCGCCUGGACUUGGUCGGCCUGUUUCCGAGGGAGGAAUUGGUUUUGAUUAUCGUCUGGCAAUGGCUAUACCUGACAAGUGGAUUGAUUACUUGAAAAAUAAGGAAGAUAAAGAGUGGUCUAUGGAGGAAAUAUCAUGGAGUUUGACUAAUAGGAGAUACACAGAGAAGUGUAUAGCUUAUGCUGAAAGUCAUGACCAGGCUAUAGUGGGAGACAAGACUAUUGCAUUUCUACUUAUGGAUCAGGAAAUGUAUUCAGGCAUGUCAGCUUUAGGACCUGCUUCUCCAGCAAUUGAUCGAGGGAUAGCACUUCAUAAGAUGAUUCACUUUAUUACGAUGGCUUUAGGAGGGGAUGGGUAUCUAAAUUUCAUGGGAAAUGAGUUUGGCCAUCCAGAGUGGAUAGACUUCCCCAGAGAAGGCAAUAACUGGAGUUACGAUAAGUGCCGACGCCAGUGGAAUCUGGUCGACGAAGAUCACCUGAGAUAUAAGUUCAUGUGUGCUUUUGAUAGAGCUAUGAAUAUGCUGGAUGAGAAGUUUGCUUUCCUAGCAUCACAUAAACAGAUAGUGAGCUGUGCAAAUGACGAGGAUAAGGUUAUUGUAUUUGAACGAGGAGAUCUAGUUUUUAUUUUCAACUUUCAUCCGGAGAACACAUAUGACGGGUAUAAAGUUGGGUGUGACAUGCCGGGAAAAUAUAGAGUUGCACUGGAUAGUGAUGCCCUGGAGUUCGGUGGGCAUGGAAGAGUGGGCCAUGAUGUAGAUCAUUUCACGUCUCCAGAGGGAAUACCCGGAGUCCCCGAAACAAACUUCAACAACCGUCCCAACUCAUUCCAAAUACUCUCCCCACCUCGUACAUGCCUGGUCUAUUAUAGAGUUGAAGAAGGCAAUAAAACGACAUCUGUCGAAGCCAUCGAGUAGAUUCACAAAUCUGGUGGACAGUGGCGUGGAAAUCGGCCAAGCAACUGUUGCUGGAGUUUAUGAUGGCAGCCCAACCUUUUUUAGAUGUUUAUAAGUGGAAGCUAAUGGGCAAGGCAUGUAAGAUGACUGCUUAACACUUAAAAGGCCUAUGCUCUACUUGUACAUAUGUGUAUAUAUAUCUGAUGGACUAAACUCAACUUAUGUAUGUAUGUGUAAUGUGGCUGAGGAAAAAGCCGGUGCUUGGUUGAGUAUGAGCCGUUUGCCCGAGUA